AAUGAGAAUUAAAAUGCCCGCGGUUCGAAUUGCACAAGAUUCCGAUUCCACAGAGAACGAUGCCGUGGCCACGCAGGACAUCCUCACAUGCGGCGCCUGCCAAAAGGCUUUCGCCCUCUCGGACAUUGUCAAGUUCAUCCAGCACAAGGUGCAUCAGUGCAACAAGGAGAACUAUGGCCAGUGUGCCACACAGAAUCCGCAAAUGGAUCGCGAUGCGGAGGAGGGGCGUCCCCUCAGUCUGGUCAAUCGCCGGCCCUCGAUCUCUGCCCCCAUUUCUGCCCGCAAGAUCACCACCGUGCCGGGAUCGGGAUCGGGUGUAACCGGAGGAGUAAGUGCAGCAUCCGCAGCAGCGGCAGCAGCAGCCACUGCGGCAGCCACAGCAGCAGCAGCAGCAGCAGCGGCAGCAGCAGCGGCGGCCAGCAGCACGGCCAGCGGUUCAAGGAUACACACACCACCACCGAGUCCUGCGGAUUUGCUGGCCGAUGGAGCCAGCAGCACGCCCAAGCGGCUAGUAGAUGAAAACGACAAUACCACGCCCAAGGACAGCGAGCCGGCGGCCACCAAUACCAAUUUGGUUAAUGCCGGUGGUCCCACAAGUCCUGCGGCCAUUGAGCGUCAGUCCACCGGCGAUAGUAGCUGCGAUGAGGAUCUUGAUCAGGAUACAGCCAAGGUCAAGCAGGAGCCCUACGAGGAGCAGCAACAGACGGCUCGAUGGCAGCAGGAGCAGGAUCAGGAGGAUGAGGAUAUGGAUAUGGAGGAGCAGCGUGAACAGUCGGCGGCCAAGCGACCCAAAAUGGAGCUGGUCGAUGCCGAGGCCAAUACAGUCCAUACAGAGCCCAGCAACUACACCUGCUCCACGUGCAAGACCCGCUACACCUCCGCCUGGCGCCUCAUCCAGCAUGUCCAGCACUCGCAUGGCGUCAAGAUCUAUGUGGAGAGUCCGGGAGGCAAUGGCAAUGGAGCCACCUUGACGGUGGCCACUCCGGCGGCUCUGAAUAGCAGUGCAUUGGCUCUGGCUGCCGCUGCAGCAGCUGCAGCUGCCGCCGCCUCGGGUCUGUCGAGUCCACAGCCAACGGCCAUGAGUCCCAGUCCCAAGAGGAGCAGCCCAGGAGCUCCAGGCAUCCUCUCCAGCUCCGUGAGCUCCGUCUGUUCCAAUUCGCUGGUGAAUACCAGCGGUGGCAGCAACAACACCAGCACCAAUAGCAUUGGAUCGCCCCAGCAUCAGCAUCAGCAACAGUUGCAGCUGCAGCAAGUGCAACAGCAGCAGCAGCAGCAACAGCAGCAGCAGGCCGCCCAGCAGCAGCGUGUGCAGCAACAGCAACGUGAGAAUCUGGCCUCGGCCAUGGCCGCUGGAAUGAGGCAUCAUCCUUUGUUGCCGCCACCGGAGGCCAUGCAUGCCAAUCCCUUCCAGCUGCUGCGCAUGCCACUGCCCGGCAAUGUAGUUCCUACGGUGGCCCCACUUUUCGGUCGCCCCUCGCCCGCCGAUCACUACCGGAUGGAGCAGCUGGUUAGCGAGCAGUUCCGUCAUCAUGGCUUCAAUCUGGCCGCCGCUGCGGCCGCUGCCCAGGCUCAGGCCUUCAAUGGUGCUGUCCAGCAGGUCCAGGAGCCGCGUCCCCCAUCGUCCAGCAGCAGUGGCAGCCAGCGUGGCUCUGUACCACCGGCAGCCCUGCCACCAGUAUCCCUCAGCUCCCAGCAGCAGCAGCAGCAGCAACAGCAGCAGCAGCAGCAACAACAGCAGCAGCAGCAACAGAGCGUGCAACAGCAAUCACAGAACCUGCAGCAGCAGCAGCAGCAACAAUCCCAGCAGCAGCAGCAGCAGCCACCGCAGCAGCUCACACCCGGCCUGAUGGGCGGCAGUGUGGCUGGAGCUGGGGGAGCGGGAGCUCCUGCUGGCGCCUCCCUGAAGCUGGAACCACAGCAGAUGGAUUUUUACUCGCAGCGAUUGCGUCAGCUUGCGGGCACAACAAGCCCUGGAGCUGGCAGCACUGUUAACUCGAGCUCGCCGAGUCCACGACAGAAGCAAUCGCCGCAUUUUGCGAGCCCCUCGCCAGCCUCCGCCGGCGCCCAGCAGCAGCAGCCCCUGGUGGGUCAUCCCACCCGGCCCCAUUCUCUUACCCCGCCCGAAAAGAUGACCACAUCGGUGGGUGGAGCUGAAAAUGGUGGCCUGGGUCUCAUCCUGGCCAGCACUCCACGCUCGGCCAGCACGCCGCCCUCGAAGACAAGCAACAGUGGCCAGGAGCAGCAGCUCUCCAGCCGGCAUUGCUUCGCCUGCGACUACUGCGACAAGAAAUUCCGCUUCGAGAACAAUCUCAUUAUCCACCAGCGGACGCAUACCGGCGAGAAGCCCUACAAGUGCACCGCCUGUGACUUUGAGUGCUCCCACAUUCAGAAGCUAAUGAAGCACAUGCGUGUCCAUCGCAGUCCCGCCGAUGAGCAGGACGAUGGCAGCAACGAUGGCGCCGAUUCGCUGGAAACGAAUGAGGCGGACAACGAUGAGGAUCCGAUGCCAGAUGAGUCCGAGGAGGAGAUGGGUGACAAUGCCGACAAUGAUCCCGAUGGCGAUCUCGAUGGCGAGGAGGAGGAUGAGGAUGAGCUGGACGAGUGCGAGGAUAUGGACUACAAGGCGGAGGAUUUGAGUAGCAAUCGCUUGGAUGGCAAGAGCCAGAGUCCCAACACCAGCUCCGGCGCCACCUCGCUGGUGGGUGAGCUCAUGGAAUUUGGAUUGUCCAAUAUUGCCCAGUACAGUGAGGCCUACAAGCAGGCUCUGCAGGUCGGACGCAAGGAGGCAGCCGCCGCUGCUGCAGCUGCAGCUGCUGCUGCCGCCGCCGCUGCUGCGGAUAACAAUAAUCGCAGCGGCGGUGGAGGAGCCGUAGGAGCUACGGAUAAGCUCAAUGGUCUGCCUGUGGCUGCCCUGAGAUUGAGGGAUGAGUUUGCCAAGAACUGCAACAUGUUCCAGCAGGAUGCUGCCGCUGCGGCCGCUGCUGGCGGUGCCCCGUCGCAGGUGCCCCUCUUCAAUCCCUUCCCCAAUCCCUUCGAGCUGAGCAAGCGGAUGAAGAUGGACGGUGGCGACUGGUGGGGCAUGUCCCAGGCCCUGCAUCGCAACGAGGCGGCGCUCUUCGAGAACCUCAAGCUGAAGCCGCUGGGUCUGGGUGGAGCGGCCAAUUCGCUUAUCCAGGGACCGCUGCUCAAGAAGGAGAGCCGCCAGCGCAACGAUACCUGCGAGUUCUGCGGCAAGGUCUUCAAGAACUGCUCCAAUCUCACCGUGCACCGCCGUAGCCACACCGGCGAGAAGCCGUACAAAUGCGAGCUGUGCUCCUAUGCCUGCGCCCAGAGCUCCAAGCUGACGCGACACAUGAAGACGCACGGGCGGACGGGCAAGGAUGUGUAUCGCUGCCGUUUCUGUGACAUGCCCUUCAGUGUGCCCUCGACGCUGGAGAAGCACAUGCGCAAAUGUGUGGUGAAUCAGGGCAAGGCGGCGGCAGCUGCGAAUGCUGUCGCCGCAGCUCAGGCAGCCCAGGCGGCGGCCCAGCAGCUACAGGCAGCGGCAGCGGCCCAGGCGGCCCAGCAGCAGCAGCAGCAUGGACAGCAGCAGCAGCAGCAACAUGGACAGCAGCAACAGCAGCAGCAGCAGCAAUUGUCGCCCAUGGUGGUGGGUUACCCGCCGCAGUUCAACCUUUCGCUGCCGGGCAGCGUGUCUGGUGAUAAUGACUCCAAUGCCUCCUCCAGCAUGACCGGGGUUCAUCCCAUUACGCUCAAGGAGGAGGCAUGACUCUUUGGCGGAUUUCCCAUGCCCCUGGGUCCACCGCCCACGGGGCCACAUCCUCCUCCUCCUCAGCAGCAGCAGCCGCAGCAGCAGCAGCAGCCGCCGACGACCAGUCGCAGUCGCAUCAUGUCGCGCAUCUUUUAAAGAUACAACAGAUAUAUAUAUAUACAAAUAUAUCCCUAGAGAUAUAUUAUGUAUAUGUUAGGACCCCUGUAUAUAUGACUUUUUGUGAAAAAGUUUCGGCUCCAGCUCCAGCUCCUUCCAGGCGACAAACCACGACCAGAGGCAUUUAAUACCAAAGCAAUAACCGUUAUGUAAUAUAAUUUUAAAACAUUCAAAACGUACUAUUUUUUUUC